AUGGCAUCCAACAUCACUCUUAUCGAAAACGCAGAAGCGUCUAAUAUCCUCUCUCAACUCCGCGACCAAUCCAUAAGCUCAGCAGCCGUCCGUCGGCUCGUGAGCGAAUUAACGGCGAGCCUGACAAAACAUGUCCUCACACCUCCAUCCGCAGACGAGAAGGUUGCUGUGAUUGUCAUCUUGCGAUCCGGUCUCGCAAUGGCCGACUCAUUUUUGGCCGCUUUCCCCGACGAUGCAGAUACCGUUACAUACCAUCUUGGUCUGUUCCGGGAGAAGGAGUCGCUGCGCCCCAUUGAAUACUAUAAUAAGCUUCCUGCGAAGAGCCCCAAGAUCAAGCGGGCUUACAUUCUUGAUCCCCUUGUCGCUACUGGUGGAACUGCGAAGGCUGCGAUUGAUAUCUUGAGAGACUGGGGUGUGGAUCACAUUACUCUGUUUGCAUUGCUUGGAAGUGAAAUUGGUCUGCAGAAGGUCGCUAAUGUGUGGCCGGAAUGUACGGAUGUGUUUGUUGGUGCUAUUGAUAAAGAGCUUGAUGAUAAGGGAUACGUUAAGCCCGGUCUUGGUGAUAUCGGCGACCGUCUUUUUGGAACUAGUCUAGGCUAG